AUGGGCAACCCCUUUGAAGCUCACCAGGAUGCGCUCAGUCCUGAGCCUAAGCAGACCGGCGCCAAGACAUCGCUGUUCCAUCGGAGCAAGUCUGUGUCCUCGCAGAAAUCAUCGUCGUUAGGCUCUAGCAUCCUCGGCGCCAUCACGGGUCGUCGCCGCAGCGGUAGCAACGCUUCCAAGGGCGGACCCAGCGGACCCCGCGAGCUUCCGCCCUCCUACGAUUUUGCGACAGGAGCCUCUCCAGCUGGUCCCUCUUCAGGUGCAUUUCCAGCGUCAGCCUCCCAUAUUAAUAACAAGACCGCUCACCGAUUCCUCUCAGCCAAAAACGCCAGCACGGAAGAAGACCCAUAUGCCUUCCUGUCGUCCUUCGACACCGUCUUCCUGAUCGACGACUCAUCCUCCAUGCGUGGACGAUCAUGGAAGGAGACGCAGGACGCCCUCGCGACCAUCGUGCCCAUCUGCACGGCGCACGAUGAGGACGGCGUCGAUGUGUUCUUCCUGAACCACAAGUCGCGCGACAAAGGCGACGCCAAAAAGGGCACUCCUGGCACCGGUUACCGCAACGUGGGAAGCCUUUCUCAGGUCCGGGAGAUGUUUCAGGAAAUCGAGCCCACUGGCGUAACGCCUACAGGCACGCGCCUAAACUACUUAAUGAAUACCUACGUAAAACUGUACGAGAACAAGCUCAGGGAGACGGGCGACGUGAUGUGCCUCAAGCCGCUCAACAUCAUUGUCAUCACCGACGGCAUCCCCACCGACGACGUCGACCUGCCCCUAACCAAGAUCGCCAUUCGCCUCGACAAGGUGGACGCGCCACUGAUCCAGCUCGGCGUGCAGUUCUUCCAGGUCAGCAACGACCCGUCAGCCACUGAGGCCCUGCGCCGGCUUGACGACGAACUCGGCAACCACAUUAGGGGCCCGGAGGCCAUGCGCGACAUCGUCGACACGGCCACCUUCGACGACGCAAGCGGCCAGCGCACCCUCACUGCAGAUGGCAUUCUGAAGGUCCUCCUGGGCUCCGUGGUCAAGCGCUUGGAUGACGUUCCCACCCUGCGCGCUCCGUCGAGAUAUUAG